CCCGCAGAUAAAGCCAAGCCCAGCGAGGCCAACAACUCCUCCUUCCUCCCUCCCUCCCUCGUGGACUCCACCAAAACUAAACCCUCCCCCACCCCUCUCUCCGAGUUGGAUGCGCGUGAGCCGCCGCCCGUGACCAGCCAGCCAGCACACCGCGACCUCCGGCGGAGAUGGCGUCCAUCUCCGGCGCGGCGGCGCCGCCCUCCUCCUCCUCCGCGUGCAGGCUCCGGCUCCGGAGGCAGCUGCUCAUGCGCCCAUCCCACCUCCGCCUCCGCGCGCCCCAUUCCAUCGCGGACCUCUCCCGCUCCUCCUCCUCCCACGCCCCGGCCCCGCCGCUCGCGGCGUCCAGGGCGCCGGGCCAGGGCGGCGGCGGCGGCGCGGUCGAGAAGGACCCGAUCAAGCUCUGGGACCGCUACGUCGAGUGGCUCUACCAGCACAAGCAGCUGGGCCUCUUCGUCGACGUCAGCCGGAUGGGCUUCACCGACGACUUCCUCCGCCGGAUGGAGCCGCUCAUGCAGCGGGCCUUCGUCGCCAUGGGGGAGCUCGAGAAGGGCGCCAUCGCCAACCCCGACGAGGGCCGCAUGGUCGGACACUACUGGCUCCGCGACCCCGGCCUCGCCCCCAACUCCUUCCUCCGCACCAAGAUCGAGAAGACCAUCGACCACAUCCUCGCCUUCUCCCAGGACAUCAUCUCUGCCAAGAUUAAACCUCCGUCAUCUCAGGCUGGUCGUUUUACUCAAAUACUCUCUAUAGGGAUUGGAGGAUCGUCUUUGGGGCCUCAAUUUGUUUCUGAGGCGCUUGCGCCUGAUAACCCCCCAUUGAAGAUACGAUUUAUUGACAACACCGACCCUGCUGGAAUUGAUCAUCAAAUUGCUCAACUAGGGGAGGAACUUAGAUCUACUCUUGUAAUUGUAAUCUCUAAGAGUGGUGGUACACCUGAAACCCGGAAUGGUCUACUAGAAGUACAAAAAGCCUUCAGAGAUGCUGGACUGGAUUUCUCAAAACAGGGAGUUGCAAUCACUCAAGAAAAUUCUCUAUUAGAUAACACUGCCAGAAUAGAGGGAUGGUUAGAUCGAUUUCCUAUGUUUGACUGGGUUGGUGGUAGAACAUCAGAAUUGUCAGCGGUGGGGUUACUUCCAGCUGCAUUACAGGGUAUUGAUGUCAAGGAAAUGCUAGUUGGUGCAGCACUAAUGGAUGAGGAGACCAGGAACACUGUGGUUAAGGAAAAUCCAGCAGCAUUACUUGCGUUAUCUUGGUAUUGGGCUACUGAAGGAAUAGGCAGCAAGGAUAUGGUUGUACUUCCUUACAAGGAUAGUCUGCUACUUUUGAGUAGAUAUUUACAACAGCUUGUCAUGGAAUCUCUUGGGAAAGAAUUUGACCUUGAUGGCAAUCGGGUUAAUCAGGGGCUAACUGUAUAUGGUAACAAAGGAAGUACAGACCAGCAUGCUUACAUUCAACAGCUAAGAGAAGGGGUGCACAACUUCUUUGUUACUUUUAUAGAGGUUUUGCGUGACAGGCCUCCGGGUCAUGAUUGGGAGCUCGAACCUGGAGUCACAUGUGGUGACUACUUGUUUGGGAUGUUGCAGGGUACACGUUCUGCUCUUUAUUCUAAUGACCGGGAGUCCAUCUCCGUUACCGUGCAAGAAGUAACUCCCAGAGCCGUUGGAGCACUGGUUGCACUCUAUGAACGUGCAGUUGGAAUUUAUGCUUCUUUAGUAAACAUCAAUGCAUAUCAUCAGCCUGGUGUCGAGGCAGGGAAAAAAGCAGCAGGAGAGGUAUUGGCACUUCAGAAAAGGGUGCUGACUGUUCUCAAUGAAGCCAGUUGCAAAGACCCUGCUGAACCAUUGACCCUGGAGCAAAUCGCAGAUCGUUGCCAUUGCCCCGAAGAUAUUGAGAUGAUAUACAAAAUAAUUCAGCACAUGGCAGCCAAUGAUAGAGCACUUAUAGCAGAAGGUAGCUGCGGUUCUCCUCGAAGCGUCAAGGUUUACCUUGGAGAAUGCAAUGUAGACGACCUAUGAUUACCCCCUUCAUAUUUGCGUUUGGAUUUGUGUAAAAUGGGUGGUCUCCUGGAAUAAAGGAACAACACCAGUGGCUGGGCCAUGUGUGCUCCAGACGUGCCAUUAGUUUCUUAUUUGGUUGUGAUGGCACGAUUGUUCCUUGUGCCUUAGGGUUCAGAUUUUUUGGUUUUAAGUGCCAUCAGUUACAAAACAAUGGAGGAUGAUGCCCUGCAUAUGUCACUGAGUUUCAAUA